AUGAAGUUCGCAGGUAUCGGGACAAUACUCAUGAUACUACCUUCUGUGGCAGCUGUGAGAACCGCGGUUAUCUAUCGUGGAUCUAAAGCUUGCGACGACUGUUCUGAGAGUGUCGGCAGACUACUCAAAAACUCUCCAUUCCACUUUGAUGUCACGUAUGCUGGACCGGAAGAACCAGUGGAUCUAAGCCCUGAGCUCCUGUCUAAUGCUGACAUCUAUGCAUACCCUGGCGGACCAGAUGUCGACGAAGCUUGGGACGAUCUCCAAAAGCAUGCAAAGACUAUCAGAGACUUUGUCCAUGGCGGCGGCCGAUACAUGGGUUUUUGUCUCGGGGCGUACUUAGCUGGAAAAUCGGCGCUAAAUCUCAUGCCCAGCGGAGUCAAUAUCGUAUCUGAGAUAGAGAGGGACAAUGCACAGGUUGGAAACGACAAAGACACCACGAUUCAGGUAGAUUGGAAAUUCAACACGAGCACUAGCCGUCCGAAGCUAGAGAAGGGUAGAUGGGUGUACUUUCAAGAGGGUGCUACAAUGCUAGGCUUCAAAGCCUCCGAUCCCCACGUUAUUGCCCGAUACUCUGCCAAUCAGGAUGUCGCUGCCUCAGUUACACCGUAUGGUAAGGGUUUCAUUGGUCUUGUCGGCCCACAUCCGGAGGCCUAUGAGCUGUGGUAUGAGAGCGCAAAGAUCAAGAAUCCUGAAGGAAUGCGGACUGACAUUGGGUACGAUUUCGUUAGAGCGACCGUUGAUGGGAUUCGAGCUGGCAACGGCAAGAUAGGUUCUUAA